GCCCACCCCGCGGCCCGCUGAACCCUUCACCUCGCCGGCUCUUCUUCCCGUCCCCACCUCUCCAAUCCAUCGCCACUCCCCACAAGUGCCGUUGCUUCGCUUUCCGCUCUCCUCCAUCUCUUUUAUUAGCCAAGACCGGAGCCUACCCGGGGCUCGCGUCAGGAACUGGCUAACCACCAGAAGGCCGGAGCGGCGGCGGCGCCGCACGAGGCAGCGUCGGAGCUGGCAGAUCUCGGAGGCGGCGAGAGGGAGACGGACGAGCAGCGCGGCAAGUUCCUGGUGCUGCGGCUGUACGAGGCGCUCAACGCCCGCGACGCGCGGCGGGCGCAGGAGCUGCUGGCCCCGGACCUCGAGUGGUGGUUCCAUGGCCCCCCCGCGCACCAGCACAUGAUGCGCCUGCUCACCGGCGCCGGCACCAACGCCGAGUUCAGGUUCUCCCCGCGCUCCGUCGACGCCUUCGGGUCCACCGUCAUCGCCGAGGGCGGCGCCGACGACGCCGCGGGCGGCCAGCUCUACUGGGUGCACGCCUGGACCGUCGGGCCCGAUGGGGUGAUCACCCAGCUCAGGGAGUACUUCAACACCGACCUCACCGUCACCCGCCUCUCCGCCGCCGCCGCCGCAAUCUCCCCUAACAACGCCUCUUCAUCCUCUCCCCCUUCCUCCUCCUCCUCCCCCUCCUCAUCUUCUUCCUCGGCCGCCUCCUCGCCAGCACACACGCCCAAGUGGCCCAAGUGCCUGUGGCAGAGCCGCCGUGCAGACCGCGCCCACAAGUCGCUGCCGGGCCUCGUCCUCGCCAUCUAGCCCAAGAACAAAUUACAUGGAAGUAUCACCUGCGCAAUAAAUAAACAAGAGCCUGGAAGUCAAAGGCGUUGGCGUAUGGGCUGAACUGAACUGCCUGCUAAGUAUUCAGGGGUUCCACUACCGCUACUAGUACUCUUUGCGUGUUUGAAUUAGCCAGUGUGGUUUGCUUGGUCUAAAUCAUGGAUUAUGGUGUGUACUACUGCCGCCGUAAUGGCUUGCUGUUGCGGCUGAAUAAAAGUAUAAUGUAUUGGAGUCUCCAGCAAUGUAUGAUGUGUUCUCUCCAUUUAUUUACUUUCUGCCUUA